AAAAAGUUCACGAGAAAAUGAGCAUGGCAAACACGGACAAGAGUCACAAGAUAAGCUUACAGAUAUAUUGUAAAUUUCUCUUUAUAAUAAUUUGCUUCCACAGCUCCUCACCGUCUCAGUUAACUGUAUCGAUUUCACAGAGCUCUGGUAAUGAUAGCAAAUGCUUUUCUAGAUAUCCUUUUGUAUCAUGUAAAACCUUAAAGUAUGUCCUACAUCAUAUUUUGACAUCAAACAGAAGCUCUGUUGAUAUACAUUUCGUUAAAGAUCCGAUUUAUUACUUGCAAUCUCAUCAUGUAAUACACGCAUAUAAUCGUUCAUUGACUCUCCGAUUUUAUUCUAAAUUACCCAUCUCACAGGGCAUAGUUAAACUAAUAUGCUCAACAAAAGCUCGAAGAAUCUUUGAGGUGAAAGGAAAGAACCUGAUAAUGGAAUUUCACAAUAUAUCUUUUUCACAAUGUGGUAAAGGAAAUGAUAAUUUCCUUCCAGCUCUUUCUGCAAGGAAUACACUUAAAGUGUCUUUUUAUUCCUGUUUAUUUGAACACAAUAGUUGUGGCGCAUUAUUUUUACUCAACUCAGACCUUUAUAUAGAGUAUUCAAAUUUCUUGAAUAAUUCUGCAGACACACUAUAUGACAAAAAGUUAGUCGAUCCAAACACAAGAGCAUUUGGUGGCGGAAUAGGUAUCUUAUUUUAUAAAGAAACGCGAAAUACAUUUGUGACAAUUGUGCACAGUCGUUUCAUUGAAAAUCGUGUUUUCGUCGAUGAAAGUCCAUAUUAUGCUGCAUUUAAAAAUCUCAACUCGACUGUUGAUGGUGGGGCUAUACAUGUCACCUUUGAAAGGUCUAAAUUUUCGACAGUGAUUAAUAUUGAUCACUGUUAUUUUCAGCAAAAUAAUGCAACGUUUGGGGGUGCUGUUCUUGUAGAACUGUAUAAGCAAUCAUUCCACAAAAGCAUGACUCUUUAUUCAUCGCAAUUUUUACAUAACUAUGGCAGCCAAGAAGGUGGAUCUUUGUUGAUUUUCGAUGGAUUAAAUCUGGCGAGAUAAACCUAACCGUGGUAGACUCCUUGUUCAAAGAAAAUUCUGCCAAAAGUGGAAGUGCAAUCACUUUUUAAGCACCUCUCGUUAUCUAUCUCCACCAGGAAGUAAAAACUUACUUUUAUUCAAAAAUCUAAAGUUUAUUGGAAACGUCGGACCUGUUGCUUCUGCGGUAAAAAUGGCAGCUCUUAAUUUUGGUCCCCAAUCAAGUAUGCAAGUUCCUAUUUUUGAAGACUGUCUGUUCGCUCACAACAUUAAUAAUGUUUUGAAUGGCUAUGCAACAAUGCCUGCAUUUGUCAUUGAGAGAAUCCAACUAAAAUUUAGAGGCAAAAAUAUAUUUAUUGGAAACAAAUCGUAUGGUGCAAUGUACAUAAGUAAUUCUAUAGUUGAAGUGCAUGGAAAACUUUAUUUCCAGGACAAUAUAGGUGUAAAAGGUGGUGCAGUACAAAUGUUUUAUUCUCAGAUCGUUGUACAUCCGGGAGCUGAUGUUCUCUUUCAAAACAACUACGCGACAUUCAGUGGUGGAGCGAUUAACGUUAAAACAAGUCCCGUCAAUCGUGUUGGUGAUGUCAACAAUAAAUUCUGCUUUCUUACUUAUGCAGAGAAAAAACAAUCUGUCCUGUGGAAUGCAACAAUUCGUUUUAUAAACAACACAGCCAUAACGCUAGGCUCUGCUAUCUUCGUUGAUUCGUUGAUAUCAUGUGCUGGAGAUCCCUAUUCAAAAACAAUUGACUUCAGUAAAGCUUUAAGAUGGAAACUGGUAUUUUAUUACGAAGGGAAUGUAUUGGAAAGCAUUGAGCAAUGUAGAGAAGAAGAAUGUUCAUUAACCCCAUAUCAACGUCCACUGCUAGUUUACAUGGUUAAAACCGUCUUCUGUUAUCACCACUAUUGGAAAAAUGUUCCACCACUAAAGUUUAAGUAUAAAUUGAACUGCAAAGUUAAAAUUCCAGAAAACGCAUCUGCAGAUGUGUAUUAUUUGGACGCUCUAACCAAUGGACGAGAAUUCAUAAAGUUUACUCUCUUUCCUCAGAAAUGUCGACCAGGUUUUGUUCAAAAAGAUGGCUUGUGUGUUUGUGAUAAAUCAUUUUCAGCAGUUUUAGGAUGUACAUCGAAUGGUCACUACGUACAAUACAAAGAGGGUUAUUGGGCAGGCAUUAUUGACGGUCGUUUGAUAAUUUUACCCUGUCCGUUUGGAUAUUGUUCAUGCCACAAGUUAGAAAAUGAAAGUACUAAAAUCAGUGGUUGUUUCUUCAAUGUUGUUAACAAAACAAGCAAUGAUGUAUGUGCCAAUUAUCGUACAGGUAUUCUGUGUGGCAAGUGUCAGAAAAACUACAGUGUUGGAAUUAAGACUUUUGUCUGCGUUCCCCGAAAUUCGACAAUCUUGUGUACUGUCACCACUAUCUUAUCCUUUGUUUUUACUUUCUUGGCUUGCAUUCUCAUAUUGUACUUUAAUCCUGGCUUAGAUAACGAGAUUCGUGGUCCAUUGUUCUUUUUUCAAGUUUUGCCGUUAUUUUUUUCUCCUGUUCAGUAUACAGCGAAGCAUACAUUUGGUGUUUAUAAUUUGGUUCAUUUUUUGGCUUCCAUUUUUGGUUUCACAUUACCAUUUUUUGGUUAUUUCUUUUCUCAUUGCUAUAUACUAGAUAAUUUGGAUAACUUGGACAUGUUAUUGGCAAGUUUCACAUCACCUUUGAUCGCCUUUACAGUGUUUGUUGUUUUCAUGCUGCUCACUAAACAACGAAUAAUUUUUAUUCGAAGAAAAAAUGCUGUGCAGAGUUUUUGGGUUUUAUUGUUGCUAAUGUAUUCAAGUCUUAUGACGACAUCUUUAAACAUUAUCAACUGUCUAAAUGUUGCAGGAAGCAGUCGUCUUUUCUUGCAAGGUUCUGUGAAAUGCUUUGAAGAAAGGCAUCUUCCUCUGUUCGUAAUAGCGUGUAUUCUACUGUUUUUUGGAAUUCUUAUUCCAAUAGUGAUUUUUGAUUUAACAAAGAAGAACCGACUCAAGAUAGCUCCUCAUUAUUUGGACACAUUGACGAAUAACUUGAAAAAGGAAUCUACAUUUUGGUGGUCAGUGGAUCUUUUACGGCGCCUUCUCGUUGUUGCUGUCGGAAAUCUUAUUCAGAAAUGGAAAAUAAAGCAGGUUGUCCUCAUAAUUGUUUCAACGUUCAUUCUCGCUGUUCAUUGCUGUUGGCAACCGUACGAAGAAACACGAGCUAACGUUUUAGAAAUAAUCUAUUUAUUUAUGUUAUGUGCCAUUGGUACAUUUCAGUUGGUAGAUAUUGAAGAGAACGACAGAGAUAAAGGGAACAUGGUUUUAGUUUCUAUGAUGAUUUUGUUGACACUCCUUUUGCUUUCCGUUAAAUUCUUUGCAUUCGUCAGGAAAAGAACAAUUUUGUCAUUUCAAUUAGAAGAUAAAAAGUAUGAACCUUUGGAAGAUGACAAAGGCUUUGUGUCAUCAGCAGAAAGAGCCGAACAAUCUCUGCAGGAAAGACGAAAUAAACUGGAACAUUUAUUUUCUCGGUCUGAGUCAUCAGACUAGGAAAUAGACGUCUGUACUUUAUAAUGCUAAGAAGGAACACGCUUUUUCUCUGAUGCUUAUAAAACAAACUUAUGCAGUUGAAAAUUAAAGUGUAGAGUCCGUAUUAAAUCAAAAAAUUUAUUCA